AUGUCUUGGGGCCUUGAACAACUACAGGUCAGUAGUGCCGUGUCUACAUGGGGCAUUGAAGACGUGUUAGUAGAGGAGAAAUGGCAGCAGUUCAUAUCCUUACUGUGUGGUUUGCUGUUUUCCAUCAACAUCAACUGGUUCUCACUGACAAAGCACUUGUGUGCAUACUCCACUAGUGCCAUCUAUGUUACCAUUCUCAACAAUCCCAGAUCCAAGCAUUUUUUGGCCCAAGAAACACUACUGUACUGUGUUAUCCCGGGGCCUCAUGAACCAACCUUGGAGCAACUAAAUGAGAUCACGAGGCUGCUUGCCAAGGAAUUUUAG